CGUGUUAAAAUGUUUUUAAAAAAAUUAAAUAUUUGUUUUGCUGCAUAAAAUCCAGAAAAUAUAAUCAAACAAUGUUGAACAAUGAAAGAAAAGUGUUAAUGUUUAAAAGGACAAUGAGUUUUAACUUAAACAGGGUGCGUUUAAAACUGUGUAACGAAGUUUUUGUGAUUUUUCUUUUAUUUCUAAUUGUUAAUGAGUGUAAGUGUAACAGACCGCCAAGAUUUCUAACGGAUGGACUACCGGAAAUCGUAUUGAGAUUAAAAGAAGGAUACGAAACACCGAUAGGAACAAUAAUCCAUAAAUUACAAGGAGAAGACCCCGAUAACGAUCGUUUAAAAUUUGGAAUUCGAUUUCAAUCCGGAAGUGAAGUCAUCCGAAUCGAAAAUAUCUCAGAUAACGAAGCUAACAUUAUUUUAGAUCAAGAAUUAGAUAGAGAAACACGCGAUGAAUACGCUUUAGUUUUAACUUUAACGGAUGGGAAACUUGGCUCGAAUAACUUCAUCACUCAAAGUCUAUUGAUCCUCGUUGAAGAUGUUAACGACAACGUUCCAAUUUUCAAACCGUAUCAACCCUCAAUAACACUUCGUGAAGAUUCAAAACCGGGUAUGGUAACAACUUUAGAAGCUACCGAUGCGGAUGAAGGAGCUUACGGUCAAGUCGUUUAUUAUUUACAACAAUCAGACGAAAAUUUAUUUUCAAUCGCGACCAGUAUGGGGAAAGGAAUCAUCAAAUUAAUCGGCUCUUUGGAUUACGAACGACAAACUUUGCAUCAAGUUAAAGUUUUAGCGAUUGAUCGAGCGAAACAAGGUCGAAUUAAUACCGGAACGGCGGCUGUUGUUAUUAAAGUUGAAGAUGUUGAUGAUCGCCCACCCGAAUUCGUUAGGGUACUUCCGGUGGCGAGAAUUUCCGAGGGGGUUCCGAUUGGAACCGCGGUUAUGCAAGUAAAAGCAAUCGAUGGGGAUCGAGGAAUCAACAAUUCAAUCGGUUAUAGCAUCGGAAAAUUAACAGAAACUAAAUUUCAAUUAUUCGAAAUUGAGAAAAUGACUGGAAUCAUUUUUACGAAUAAAAUUUUAGACAGGGAAGCGUAUCAUUCAACAUCAGCAGCUCAUAUUUUACAGAUAACUGCAACAGAAAUUGGGAGCAAAUUAAAACCAGCGCCGUCAACUCAAACAGAAGUUACCAUAAUAAUCUCUGAUUUAAACGAUGAAACCCCAACGUUUAGAAGCAAAAAAUAUAAUUGCGAAAUUCCCGAAAAUUCGCCAACAAACACUCCAGUAACUUUCUUAGAAAAAGGAAUCCCUGAAGUUUACGAUUACGACCAGGGUAAUAACGGAACCUUUAAUUUAUUUCUAAAAGGGGCCGAAACAAUUUUCGAAAUAACUCCAAAUAAAGUAACCAACGAAGCAACGUUUAUGAUCCGAAUCAAAGAUCCAACCAUUUUAGACUACGAACAAAUUAAAGAAAUCAAUUUUACAAUAAUCGCAAAGGAAAUCGUUAAAUACAAACCCAAAUAUUCCGAGGUUCCCGUUAAAGUGACGAUUUUGGACCGCAACGAUAAUUACCCCGAAUUCGUAAAAAGUUCUUACGAAGUUUCUGUCCAGGAAAACUGCGAAAUUGGAACAACCGUCGCUUGGGUUCAAGCUUUAGAUGGAGAUAGCGGAAAUUAUGGCACUAAAGGGGUUCGAUACACGAAUUUAUCUGGAAGCAUCGAAAAUUUGUUAUAUCUUCAUCCAACAACAGGAAUAAUAACAGUAAAACAACCUGGUGGUCCAAAUUUUGAUCGGGAACAAAUUCAAAGACAUUAUCUAACUGUGGAAGCUCGAGAUAAUCUCGGAAAUGGUAACAGAAAUACCGUCCAAUUAAUCGUAAACAUUGAGGAUUUAAACGAUAACCCCCCAAUUUUUACUCAAAGUUUGUAUGAAGCUCGCUUAUUGGAAAAUCGAAACGAUUUUGAGAAACCUUUAAAAGUUGAAGCGAGGGAUGCUGAUUUAACAGGAACCAACAACAGCUUAGUUGAGUACCUCCUUCUUGGGGAAUACGCAAAUAAUUUUACAAUCCACUCGUUAUAUGGGAUAAUCACCCCAAAAGAACCGUUGGAUUUUGAGAAAAUCCCCGGAAUUUCUUCAGAAAAUAUUCGAUUAAUAAAGCUUUUAGUGAAAGCAAGUGAUUUUGGGGUUCCAAAAUUAUCGAGCGAGAUUCCUUUAACGAUUUAUUUACAAGACGUUAACGAUUACCCCCCAAUUUUUGAAAAAAACUUUUAUAACACAUCGAUUAAAGAAAACAUUCAAGGUGGAACCACAAUUUUAACAAUUUCCGCAAAAGAUUUCGACGGAUCUUACCCAAACAAUCACAUUUUUUAUCGAAUUCAAGACGGAGCUUUCGAUAAAUUCACAAUUAAUUCGGAUUCCGGAACAAUUUCUGUUUCGAGAGGUGCAAUUUUAGAUCCAGAUUUAACCGAACCAAAAAGAACUAAAUACUCAUUAACAGUGGUAGCUUUAGAUGGAGCUUCCGGUGAUAAUCAACUUCAAACUCAAGUUCAAGUCAACAUCACCAUUUUAGACGUGAAUAAUAAAGCUCCGAUUUUAUCCGAUCCGGGAAUUAUCGAGAUUCCAGAAAAUUUAAUGCCAGGAAGUGUUAUCACUAAAAUAUCUGCAAUUGAUUUUGAUUCAAAUCCUGAAAUAAAAUAUAUUUUAGAUGGGGAAAAUUGUAAAGGAGAAAAUGAGAGGGGUUUUUAUUUAAGUAAUGAAGAUUUUGAUUGCGAAAAUAGUUUUGUUUUGGAUGAAGAAACGGGAAUUUUAAGUAUUAAUAGGAUUCUCGAUAGAGAAAUCGUGGAAAUUAUUAAAUUGGGGAUAAAAGCGGAGGAUGUUGCUUCCGAAAACGGACCACAAAUAGCGAAAGCGAUUUUAACCGUUUUAAUUAAAGACGCAAAUGAUAAUAACCCAAAAUUUCGCCAACCUUUUUAUAGAUUUAGCAUCCAAGAAAAUAGUAAGAGUGGCGUUUUAAUCGGAAAUGUGAUUGCCGAUGAUCCGGAUAAAAAUAAAUCGAUUAUUUACGAUUUAGAAGCCAGGAAAGAAAUUUUAAAAUUGAUUAGUUUAAAUAAUAAAACUGGGGAUUUGUUUGUUAAGAGUAGAAUUGAUCGGGAAGUUUACGAUUGGUUAAAUUUAACUGUUAAAGCGACGGAUUCCGGGCAUCCCCCACGACAUGCAAGAACCGAAAUUUUUGUACAAAUUUUAGACGAAAACGAUAAUAAUCCGUGUUUUUUAAACGACCCAAGAGUGCUUAUGGUUCCGGAAGACACCGAGGUUAACCGAAAAAUCGCCAUCAUCGAAGCUCGAGAUUCAGAUUCGGGUGAAUUUGGGAAAAUUACUUAUUUACUUGAUCGAUCAUCAUCGGAGGGUGAUUUCAUUUUGGAACCAGAAACGGGAAUUUUGCGAGUUUCUAAAGAACUCGAUCGAGAAACGAAACAUUCUUACCUUUUAGUGGUCGAAGCUUGGGAUAAUUACCAAUUUGGUUUUAAUUCCGGUGAAAGUAGGAACGCUUUUAAACACAUUAAUGUGACAGUUCUAGAUGUCAACGAUAACCCACCGCAAUUUUCUUUACCCACAACAUGCACGAGCAUCACGGAAUUCCACGAGAUAGGCCACCCAAUUAUCAUUGUUCAUGCCACAGAUUCAGAUGAUCCUGAAUCACCAAAUGGACAAAUUAUCAUGGAUAUCUCAUCUGGAAAUGAUAACGAUCUCUUCGCGUUACAACAAAUUAACGAAUUCUCGGCCGAAAUCACUCCGAGGAAAUCUCUACGUGGAAAACAUGGAAAUUACAGCCUAUUUCUUCGAGCUCAAGACUUGGGGCAGCCAAGACACAUGGUUGAGGACGUCUUAAAAAUUUGCGUAUUAGAUUACAACGAUCACGCCCCCGUUUUUAUCACACCACCCCACAAUUCAACGUUAAAAGUACCGGAAAACGCCACUGUGGGAAGCGCUUUAGUUCAAAUCCAAGCCAAAGAUGAAGAUAUCGGCCCAAAUGGGAUGAUUCGAUACAAAUUAAAAUCAGAUCCGGCGGGACAUUUUAAAACGUUUGAUUUACAACCGAUCUCUGGUAUCUUAGAGUUAAGAUUGCCGUUAAACAGGGAGAAACAAAAAAUUUAUGAUAUAAGAAUUGAAGCUUACGAUUUAGGAACUCCAACGGCUUUAAGUUCGGAUUUAGAUUUAACAGUUUACGUUAGCAACGUAAAUUUAUUUCAACCCCAAUUUUUAAAUGAUGAAUUUAUCGUUAAUUUCACUGAAAAUAAACCGCCCGGAUUAGAAAUUAGGAAAAUUCCCGAAACGAUCGACCGAGACAUGUUAGAAUAUGAAGGGCCACCUUCUCCGAUUUGUUAUUUUAUCGUUCAAGGAAACGAAGAUGAUCUUUUUAAAUUGGAUGCUUUGAAACAUCAAUUAAUGGUUAAUAAAGAAUUAGAUCGAGAAAAACGAGAAAUUUACAACCUAAAAAUUAAGGCAACUGAAGAUUGUAGAAAUGGAGGUAAAAAUCAAAAACUUUUUAACGACGAUCCAACGAUUUUAAAAGUAAUCGUUCGAGUUGAUGACGUCAACGACAACCCACCGAGAUUUUUGCAUAGAAUUUUUACGGGUGGUGUUAGCACAGCGACUGAUUUUGGCACAAAAUUCAUGAAAAUUCAGGCAACCGACAUCGAUGAUAACGAAAACUCUAAAAUAUCUUACUUUUUAAUUGGAAAGGUCCGAAUGACCUUAACCGAAGGUUUAGAAAACCUUCAAAGACCCCCUUUUUUAGUUAACCAAAAAACCGGAGAAGUCCAACUCAAUUUCGAUCCCCAACAAGGAAUGAAGGGUUAUUUUGAUUUUAUGGUUUUAGCGAACGAUACGGGUGGUUUGGAAGAUAUGGCAAGAGUUUUUAUUUAUCUUUUAAGAGAGGAUCAAAGAGUACGAUUUGUAUUAAGAUUACAACCGCAGGAAUUAAGGGAUAAAAUCGAAAUUUUUAGGGAAACAUUGGGGAAUGUAACUGGGGCAAUCGUAAACAUAGACGAGUUUCGAUUGCAUUUAAAUCAAGAUGCAACGAUUGAUAAAACCCGAACUGACCUUUAUCUCCAUUUAGUUGACAAAAAAUAUCACUCAAUACUCGAAGUUGCCGAAGUUUUAAAGCUAAUUGAUCAAAACACUGAAAAAUUAGAUUCACUUUUUAAAGAAUUCAACGUUUUGGAUACUCAACCAGCUGAUUCUUUGGCGUUACUGUCAAUACAAACGACUAGCGCCACCUUUUGGUUAACCGCUUCAACCCUAUUUUUAUUUUUAUUAUUAAUGUUAAGUUUAGCUAUUUGUGCUAGCCAAAGAAGUAGUUAUCAUCGCAAAUUAAAAGCUGCAACAGCAACAGCUUAUGUGAGUGCGGAUUCGGAUUUGGGUCGUGGAUUAAGUGCAAUAAGUGGAAGAGUACCAAAUACAAAUAAACAUAGUAUGGAAGGAAGUAAUCCGAUUUGGUUAAAAGCGUACGAAAAUGAAUGGUACAAACAUGCUGAUGAUUUUAGUAACGGUUCUGAGAGGGAAGAUUCGUUAGAUGAGAAUGUUUUGAGUAAUAAUUCUGAUGAAAUUCAAUGUAGGCAUGAGCAGUGUAGUGUUCAGGAUCGUUUACAAAAUUUGUAUCAAACUUUACCUCCGAUUUUGCCACCAAGAAAAUUGGAAACUACCGAGUUAUGAUUAAAAGUUUGCCAUUGGUUUGAUGAUAAAAUCGAUGAGGGUUAAUAUAAUUACAACGAUGUGUUUAAGUUAAAUUUUGACUGGAAUUUUUAUAUUAUUUAUUUUUUUAUAU